UAAAACUUAACUGAAAUGUUAGUAUUGUUGUAUCAAAGCAUAAAUAAACAUCCGUGCCGAGUAUUUUACCAAAAUGCCGAAAAAAAAGAUGUUUUUAAACAUUGUUUUGUUUCUUUAUGCAUUAAGUUGUGUUAAUUCGGUAUUAGCCACGGAAGGUAUAGAAGAACUCUUUAAUAAUAUCAAGGAAGAUGCUUCUUUGGAUACUUUCACUCUGGCACGGAAGUACGGGUACCCAUGUGAAAUACAUCGCGUGUACACGGAGGACAAGUAUGUACUGGAGCUGCAUAGAAUUCCUUACGGCAAACACAACGCCAGUAGAAACAACCGACCUGUGGUAUUCUUGCAACAUGGCCUGUUAUCAUCGUCUGCUGAAUGGGUGUUAAUGGGCACUGAUAAGGGAUUGGGCUACAUCCUAGCCGAAGCAGGCUAUGACGUAUGGAUGGGUAACGCUAGAGGCAACACUUACUCGCGCAGGCACGUCAAUAUGAAGCCAUCUUCCUCUGUAUUUUGGAAGUUCAGCUGGCAUGAAAUUGGUUACUACGACCUCCCAGCUAUGAUCGACUACGUGAUUGAAGAAACUGGUGUUAAGAAACUUCAGUACGUGGCAUUCUCUCAGGGCACCACAGCGUUUUGGGUUAUGGCUUCGACUAGACCGGAGUACAAUGACAAAGUCAUAGCGAUGCAAGCUCUAGCUCCUGUGGCCUAUGUUGGGAAUAUCAGGAGUCCUCUCGUCAGGGCAAUUGCACCAUUUACCAAUUCUUUAGAAAGAAUAUUGCGUCUGAUUGGCUCCAACGAGUUUAUGGCAAAUGGCUGGAUUAAUGACUUAGCAGGAAAAAAGCUGUGCCUGGAAGAAGCAAUCACCCAGUCUCUAUGUACCAACAUAUUGUUCCUCUUAUGUGGAUAUAAUGCUCAGCAGUUGAAUAGAACAAUGCUUCCAGUAGUAUUUGGCCACACACCAGCCGGUGCGUCCACAAGACAAAUGAUCCAUUUCGGACAGUUGUACAAAUCCAAAAAAUUCGCCAAUUUCAACCACGGAUGGCUUACGAACAAACGCACUUAUGGUACAUUUACACCACCGGCUUACAACUUAAGUGCCAUUACAACACCUGUUUUCCUCCACUACGGCGACAAUGACUGGCUUUCUUCCCCGGAAGACGUGAACUAUCUAUGGAGAGAAAUAAAAUCCGUGAUCGGCAAAUACAGAGUACCACACCCGAAAUUCAAUCAUCUAGACUUCAUAUUCGCCAUUGAUGCAAAAAAACUUAUAUACGAUCGCAUGAUUAAUAUAAUGAGUCGUUUCAUUUAAAUAAAAGAUAACAAUA